AUGAUUGCGGUGGUUUUAAUACAACUAUUGUUGUUUGUAAGUGGGAGCAAAUAUGGUUUUAUUAUGUGGUCUGAUAAGGCCGUUGUAUCAGUGACCAACGAUCUUAAAUUGAUUCCACCAAUGCACGUCGCCAGGGCCACUUACACCAAUGACGUUAACUCAACGGGAUGGGCCUUCUUGGAAUUACAUACAUCACCAGAUGCCAGUGAUGAGAAGCAAGCAUAUGCAGCGGGAUUCCUGGAAGGAUUUCUCACCAGAGACCUUAUUUGGAUGCACUGGCAAAAUAUGUUAAAAGGAUAUUGUUACAACAGAAUAGAUGUGUGUGGUCUGAUAGAAGAAUAUGUGGACAUAAAUGAGCACUACAUCGCUGACAUGAUUCAUACCCACCCUAAUGAUCCAUACUGGUACCAUAUAAAGCUAUACAAGAUACAACUGGAAGGUUUGGCUGCUGGCUACAAUCAGGCAACUUCUGAUUCUUAUCAAUGGCUGACUACACGUGAUAUACUAUGGAUUAAUAUGUUAGGUGACCUUGAUGACCUGGCAUUUGCGCUUACAAUACCAAAGAACACUCCCGAGAGUCUGCUUUUUGGGGAACAUUGUAGUGGGCUGGUCAAGCUAUUACCGGAUAAUGCAGAACUUUUUACAUCUCAUGUAACCUGGAACAGCUACCAAUCAAUGCUGCGAUUUCAAAAGAUGUACGUGCUUAGCUACCGAACAUCCCCAAACAAUGCGAAACCGAUUCCCGGGAGGAAGAUGGCCUUCACUUCUUACCCUGCUUUUGUUCAGUCAACAGAUGACUGGUACAUAACGUCUGCGGGUCUGGUGGCCGCAGAAACGACCAUCGGGAACAGCAACAGGACGCUUUACGAGUACGUGCAGCCCACGGGACAGAUUAUGGAAUUCGUGCGAGCAAUGGUGGCGACCAGAUUGGCCACGAGUGGAGCUCACUGGGUCGACUUGUUCCGCAGGCACAACAGUGGGACUUACAACAACCAAUGGUACAUCGUCGACUAUAAAAAGUUUAAGCGAAAAACGCAGAAAUCCGAAGGGCAAGUUGAAGCUGGAUUGUUGUGGGUAGUGGAACAACUGCCCGGCUUCACUGAGGCAGCCGACCUAACGGAAGAACUAAAGGCCACGUCGUACUUCCCGUCGUACAACAUCGCAUACUUCCCUCGGAUGUUCAACCUCAGCGGCGGUAACGAGCGAAUCGCUACCUUCGGCGACUGGUUCGCCUACGAGACGAACCCGCGAGCUAAGAUCUUUCGUGAACAACAGGGGUCAAUCGAUUCGAUGGGCAGUAUGUUCCGCGUGAUGCGAUACAACGAUUACCGCCACGACCCCCUGUCGCGGUGCGCGUGCAGCCCGCCCUACAGCGCCUGCAACGCCAUUUCCGCCCGGAACGACCUCAAUCCUGCUAAUGGCUCAUUUCCGUUCCGGGCGCUGGGUCACAGAAGCCACGGCGGCACCGACGCCAAGGUGACGAACUCGGAGAUGGCCAAGAAGUACCUGUUCCUCAGCGUCUCGGGGCCCACUUACAACAUUUCCCGGGGCAUACCGCCUUUUCAAUGGAGUAAAUUUGACAUGGGCUCAGAGGUGUUUCACGAAGGCCACCCUGAUGUUUGGACCUUCUCACCUCUUAUUCAUCAUUGGGAGUGGGGCUGA